AUGGUAGCGCCCAGAAAUUCAUGUACAACUCCGUCAACUUCGACAGCUAAUGAAAUUUCUACGGAUAACGUUGAUGCCAUCAGUACUACUAAACCAAAUGGUCAGGUUGUUGAUGAAGCCCAGAGCUCUCACCAAUCUCCAACCACUUUUGACGACGGCUACACCCCAAUGCAUGCAGUAGAGUGGACAUCUGCUGGAAGCAACAGUCGUCUGAUUAUGCCAAUGUUUGAUCGUUAUAAGCUGGAAGAAGUUCGCUCCUAUGUGUCCGAUAGUAGUGAUUACUGCAGUUCAACUGGCGCUGCAAAUUGUAGCACUGAUUUACAGAGCCCAGCAAAUCCACCUCGUGCCUAUUCUUUCGCUGGGCGUUGUAAUCUUCGUCCUGGGGCAAACGCGGGCCUUGCUGAGAACACAGAUGCACGCACUGAAAAAACCGAAAACGCUGGGGGAGGACUUCUUCAACCAGCCGAGGAUCCUCGAAAAGGGGCAUUUUCUCUUGGAAGCAAGACGCUUUUUCAACGAUCGUUCGCAAAAUCUCACAGCAGACCUCGACUCACGCACAAUGAUAGACUUCGCACCCUGUGGAAGUUCCUAUUAGGCGUUGAAUAUGUUGUGUUUUCCGCAGAGUACACACUUGCGCAAGAACCUACGGCAUAUAAAAUAAUAUUUUCUGAUUUUGAAUAUUACGUCAUUGCAAUCUUCCGUGUGAGCCACAAAGAAGGAGUUCUAUUAAACCUAUGCUCUUCCCAAUUGAAUCUUAUUGAUGGGAUCAACAAGUAUACUGCUAACCUCAUGAAAUUUUGUGAAUUAUUAAUGCAAUGCGACCCCGUGGAGUGCCCGAAAAUGGAUACUUCUUUCAGUAAGAAAGAACAAGAUGAACUAGGGCAAACCUUAAUAGCCGUGGAAGCGGUGUUGGGAACGAAAAAUGCUCGUUUAGCAGCCGCUGAACAUGAAAAUCAAAUGGCGAUCGAUAAAGGGAAUUAUCGAAGUGGUGAACUGGAGGCCGAAAAUGUUGCACUUCGGAAGAUGGUUGCUGAGCUGGAGGAAAAGUUGUGCGAUAUAAAGAAAUCUCAUGCAAUUACUCCGUCGACAUCGGUCGAUAUCCAAAAGCAUCUCAAAAGUUCGUUGACUUCUAAUUUCCGGAGUAUUUCAAGCAGGCGAAAAAGAUCCCACAGCGUGAUCGAACCUCUGGAUUCUGGCGAUGUCGCAGCUGUUAUUCAUAGCAUUAAUUUGGAUAGACGCCGGGUGAAUUCUGCAGGAUCCAUUAAUAUCGCUGACGGUAUUGUUUUGCCAAAGGCGAGAAGUGAAUCACUAACAGAAAUAACAGGAUUGAAAUGUUCUCAUGUUGGUAAUAAAUGGUCGAUUUCGAAAUUAUAUAGAAAGCCAGCCUCGGGGUCAUCGGGCGUUUUCGAUAUUGAGGAACCACCAUCAAAAAACACAUUCCUUGCCUCAGUACUCAGUAAAUUUGGCCCUGCCGUCUCAGAUAUCGGACGGUAUGGCGACCGAGACGCUGACCUGCAUGCCCUUCUUGGAGCUGCAGAGCGUAUCAAAUUUCACGUGAUUGCUCUGCAGGAGACCAAGUGCAGUAGGAGCGACGUACGACAGAUGAAUGACGGUAUACUCGUCUUUCGUGGAGAGAAGGUUCCGUCGCGAAAUGUAGGUGUUGUUGGUUUUGUUGGGCACCCAUCUGUCGUCCAUCUUGUCGAUUCUCACGAGAUCCUGUCACCUCGCCUGGCCAUUCUUCGCCUCCGCCCUCUGCGCCAAAAACUCAUCAGUAUCAUCAACUGCUACUCACCAACAUCAGCAGCUGAUGAAUCCGAAAUGGACGCGUUUUACGAGGAGCUGGAGAAAGUGAUCUGCAGCGAGAAGUCCUUCUACAAAUUCGUUGCCCGAGACUUCAACGCAAAACUAGGAAUGGCUACAGAAGAGGAAUACAGGAUCGAAAGAUUUGGACCGGAAUGA